UUUAUUUCUACCUUAAACCACAUGUUUUACCAGCAACUUCAACUCCUAUAGUAGCAAAAUGGGCUGCGAUCUCCCUCUCGAAAUCCUGUCUCAAAUUGCCUCCCACUUCACCAUCGACUAUGACUUUACUCGCAGGACCCCGCGAGAACCAUUUCCGCUUGUGGCACCAUUUACUGUCGUCUCAAAGACAUGGCAGGUAGCCUUUGAGCCAGUCAUCUACAACACUUUGCUGGUCCAAAGCAAGGAGAAGGUAGUAACCCCCAGAUGCAACACUGGGCUGUUGACAUGGGAGCGGUUCAACGAAAUCACGUCAGGUGCACCAUAUCGGGUGCGACGUCGAGCGUGGGUUCGCCGAAUUGUAUACUGUAUUGGUGUUCCCUGGGGGAUAAUGGGGGGAUAUAAUUUCGCCAAAUUGGACGGUUAUACGCCAGAUAACUACAUGCGACACGAGAAUGACGAGGCAUUUCAUUAUGGCAUGACGAAUCUCUUUGGUGUGCUGGGCUCGUGGGGUCGUUUGGAGCCUGGUCUUUCACUCAAUAUUUCUCUGCGUGUGGAAAAGAGAAACGUGGAAGAGCCAUUGACUGUGUAUGAAGAAUCAGCAGACACAGUCACCACAGAAUAUAUGACAGGUGAAACGGACUCGGUUAUUCCCCAAAGGGCUUCUUUCUUGCCAGGUGAUGAAGGACCCAGUCUCGUCGAAGUACCGAUCAUUCGAAAAGUAGAUUUCGAUCGCAACAAAAAGUUCCAAAUAGUCGACCAUCUAAUCUCCGUCGAUGGGGUUAUGACCAUUCUCAAAUCCUGUCCUUUUCUUGAGAAUGCAUCCAUCAAGAUGGAGCACUUUCUUCGGCCAGAUCACCUGGAAGCCUUGAAAGAUCGUCGAAACGGAAUCGCAAAAGGGCUUCUAGAGCUCCCGUCAGCCCUCGAGGUUCUUCGGUUGUCGUGUGAUCCCGAAGAGCCAUGGGCAAACAACAUGGACCCGCCUUACGUUCUCUUCGACGGCUUGGAUACAUUAUCAACCAAUAUCCGGAGAAUCAGCAUGGACCUAGUCGAGAUUCAUCUUAAUAAUGUCCGGAUCAGUAAAGAAUUAUUCUGGCCAACAGAUGAAAGCAAAACUGAAAAUAUCUACUGGCCCAAGUUGGAGGUGAUUGAUAUCAAGACGCCCCCUUUUCAACCUAAUGGCUCAUGGGUAUUCCUUGCCGAUUCAGAUGAUGACAAUAUGUAUUUCGAGCACUUCGAUGAGGAAACCUGGGCUAUGAAUAUUUCAGACGCGGACGCAGGCAACCCACGGCGAGAGAUUUUGGACUUAUAUACCAUCAAUGCCCUUUAUCUUUCCGCGAGUAAGGCUGUUCGCAGGAUGCCCCGUCUUCGAAAGUUUCUUCUCGAUAUCAGCGACUUUCAUGCAUCUAUGAAGCUGUCCGUCGCAAAGAUACAGGAGAGUGGCAAGUUCAAAAUUGAGUGGGUCAGUUGCACCGGAUCCCAGCCAGGAUACAGACCAGACCAAGAGAUUUGUUUGGCUUGGGGAUUCGACCCCGGAGAUUUAGAAUUUAUAGACGAUCUGAGUCUAGACAAGUGGGGUGAUGAUGACAGGAUUACCACUUCACGUGCGUUGGUUGAUCUAUAGAUCUUGAAUCCUGAAUUUUAAUUCUAUUCCAGUCAAUGCUCCCUGU